UAAAUAUGUCAUUUGAUCACUUUUAUUACAAAGGAGCCAAAUUUGCGCAUACGGUACACUCAGAAAGUAGUCUCAAUUAUGCGGAAAAUGAAUUUAAAGUCCUGGAUGAUGAUGUCUUCAAUGUCACCUACCCUAAAUCAGGUACGAACUGGAUGAUAGAAAUCUUGAAUUUAAUCAAACAUGAUGGAGAUCCCACAACAUGUCAGAGUAUACUUAGCUAUGAAAGGUCACCAUGGUAUGAGACCGAGGCAUUUAAAGAACAAGAAAAACAACUUUCUCAGCCAAGAAUUAUAUCUUCCCACCUACCCCACCAAUUGUUUGCCAAAUCUUUUUUCACAUCUAAAGCAAAGAUUGUUUAUACAAUGCGGAAUCCUAAAGACGUAAUUGUGUCUUUGUUCCACUUCACCAAGAUUCUUUACCUUUUUAAGGAACCUGAGAAUUUUCAAGAACUCAUAGACAACUUUGUGAAUGGGAAUGCUCUGUACGGGUCUUGGUUUGACCAUAUUAAAGGCUGGAUGCAAAUGAAGGAUGACAGCAGAUUCUUCUACAUCACAUAUGAGGAACUUUUAAAGGACCCCCGUGGAGGUGUGGUGAGACUCUGUAAGUUCCUAGGAAAGCAGCUGGAUGAUGCUCAGAUUGACUCAGUUGUAAAGCAUUCAACUUUCAGCACCAUGAAGGAAAAUAAGAUGUCCAACUGGACUGAAAUGCCAUCUGAAGUACUGGAUCAGACGAAAGGCUCCUUUUUACGUAAAGGAAUCUCUGGAGACUGGAAGAACCAUUUUACAGUGGCCCAGAGUGAGUAUUUCGAUAAAAUAUAUCAGGAGAAGAUGAAAGACCUCAACAUGUCUUUUUACUGGGAACAACUAUGAUUUAGCCAUUGGGAUACAUAAAUGUUUGUAAUAGGAAUGCAGUUAGACAUAUUUAUUUGCAAAUGUUAGAAGUUGUUGAAUUUGUCAAUAAAUGUUUCCUUUGCAAUUAAA